AGGCAGCACAGAGGAGGUUUCUGAUCCUGAAGUGCCAGAUCUUCCUCAGGAUGCUGAAGGAGGUUCCUCGCCCCCUGAUUCCAGGGCCACCACUCCAUCCAGUCCCUCUGCAGAGGGCUUCAGUAUUGUUGCAGAGGAGUGUUUCCUCCUCACGCAGGCAGUGUCCGUCGUUGAGUCCUUGAUGGGUUAUUCCAUAAAUGAUAAGAUGACUGAUUUGAUGGUGUUCCUGUUCCAAAAGUAUCGAAAGAAGGAAAUGACCACUCAUACAGAAAUGCUACAGUGUGUCUUCCUAGAUUGUGAGGAGAGCUUUCCUGAGAUAUUCAGGAUAGUCUCUGAGUGCAUGUAUCUGGUCUUUGGAAUUGAUGUGAAGAAAGCAAAGAAUUCUAGCCAAUGCUAUAUCAUUAUGCCUGCCCUGGGCCUCUCCUAUGAUGGGACGGUGGAGGAUGUCCCAAGCUUUCCCAAGACCACUAUCCUGAUAAUCGUCCUGGGUGUCAUCUUCUUUCAGGGCAACUGUGCCAGGGAGGAGGCCAUCUGGGACGUGCUGAGUGGGAUAGAGGUGUUUCCUGGGAGUGAGCAUCUCAUUUACGGGGAGCCUAGGAAGUUCAUCACUGAAGAUUUGGUGAAUGAGCAUUACCUUGAGAAUCGGCUUGUGCCUAACAGUGAUCCCCCUGAGUAUGAGUUUCUUUGGGGCCCCAGGGCCCUGAUUGAAACCACUAAGCUGGAGGUCCUGGAAUUUUUGGCCAAGGUCAAAGAUACCACCCCCAGUGCCUUUACUGUUUGGUAUGAGGAGGCACUGAGAGAAGAAGAGGAGAGAUUCCAACUUCCAGAUCUGCCCGACUGGUUAUAAGUAGGGCUAGGGUCCGGGACAGGGCCAUAUCCAACAGCUUGUCCUGUCUCAUAUAAUUUCUGAGGCCAAUUCUUUCAUUUACGUUUGAAAAGAGCAGUUACUUUUUCUUUUUCUUUUUUUUUUGUCUUUUU